UUAUGAUAAGAUAUUAAAACAUUGAUGUAGGAUUAUAAAAAUUUCCCGAAAAAAAUUUUUAAGUGAGAAAGUGUUGAAUUUACAUAUAAACCCAAAAUCAUUUUUUUUUUUUAAAUCGUACCAAUUGCAUUUUUGAGAGUUAAGAGACGAUUUAUAUCUUAAAUUGUAGCUAAAAGAUUGCAGUUUAUGAUAAGAUAUAAAAACGUAAUAACAUAGAUCUUGGUGGAUUCUAGUGAUUCUUUGAAUACAUUUUUGUCUGGCAUCUCGUUUUGCUUUGGAUAGCCAUCCUAUAUUUUGCGUCGUACCACUCAGCAGCUUCUCCAAAACAUCAUUUCUGCUAUUAGCAUUCUUCGAGUUGUGUCUUUGUCUCUCACCCACACUUAAGAAUAUUUUUCUUUGUCUGUAUUUUUGGGUUUUCUCAUUCCACAUUUAUUGUAUUCUUCUUCUAGUUUAUUUAACAUGUAUCUCAUAUACUCUUCGUCCUUUGCAAAAACUAUAAGGUUUGGCUUAUCGUUAUUUGACGUUCUUUGAAACUGAGGUUAAGAACAAAAUUUUUUUUCUUGAAACGAUUUAGAUUAAAAAAAAUGAAACUUUUUGAGGUGAUGUUAUACCAAAUUAGAACACGUUCUCUGACCCAGAAAAGCAUAAAAUAAUUAUUGAUUAAUAUAACAAUUAUUAGGAUGUUUCGUCAAACGUGAAGUUAGACAUAAAUCGCUGAUUAAUCUUUGACAAUUAUUUUAUUUUUAAUAAAAUUAUUAUUAUGCUAAGAAAGCUCUCCCCGAAUAAAUUAAAGAAAAAAGAGUCUCUCACAAAAAAGAAAGACGAUUCAACAGACAUCCCAACGUUGGAAAACGCCCCUUACGAAGGCAAAAAGAAAAAAUCUAAAAAGAGACAUCACAGCCCCAAAAAAAAUAAGUCACAAGAAAAAAUCGUCGAGAAAAUAAAGCACAAAAAAGUUGAUAUAGAAUCCACCGGAACUGAAAGUAGUAGUGAAUCUUCAAGAAAUCAUCAUCAUCGGAAAAUAUCGCACCAUUCCCCUCAUAGAAAAGAAAAACUCGCAGCUUUUCAUUCGGAAGUAACUAAUAUUUUAAAUUCAAAUUUAAAUCAGAAAUUGGCUGUAAAACUCCCGAUUUGUUCGAGAAAACAUGAUGUUGCAACGAACAAAACGAAAUAUUCACCAUCAACUUCUCAAUACAUCAGCGAAAUCGCCACCCAACAUCCAAUUUGUCAAAUUCCCAUUUUGACCCAACACCCUGAAUUGGAAAUGUUAAAAGAUGCCGGUGAUCAAACUGCAAUGAAUUCCAACGAACAACAAACUCAAAUCACGUCGGAAAUUACGCAUUUUAGUAAUCAAUAUAAAUAUCCGAUUAAUCCUUGUACUUUGAUGAAACGAUUAGAGGGUUUAGAUCAAAGGAUAUGCCCAAAAAAUUCUUUAGAAGUCAAUAGUACAAGUCCUUUCGUUCAUGCGGCUUGUCAACCUUGUGUUGAGGAAUUAAAUAAAGUUGAAGAAGUAAAAGUGAUUGAAUCGGAAUCACAACAAAAUUAUGAUGAAGCAACGAAAGAAGUUGAUUAUGAAGUUGUUUUUGAACCAUUUGAUUGCUCGGCUUUUAAUAAAUCAUUCAUUAAAAGUUCUGCACCUACUCCUAAGAUGAUUUCAGAAAUAAAUACUUGCCAUUAUAGCAAAACCAAUCAACCAUGUCAAACUAGUUUACAAAAUAAUUUUCAAUCAAAUCUACAAAGUACUUGUAUACAAAGUAAUUUACAAACGUGCAUACAAAGUAAUUUACACCCUUGUAUUCAAACAAAUCAAAAAAGUUUGAUUCAAAAAAAUCAAACCCUUCAAACUUCGAAAGAUUCGACUUGCAUUCAAGCCCAAAUACAACAAAACCAAUUUUUGCAAACUCAGAAACAAAGUUGUGAUCGAAAUUGUCAAGUUUUAGAGAAUCAAUUUCAAAAUUUUAAUGUAAGUCAUCAUCGGAAAUAUAACGUUGAAUAUUCGGCAAAAAAAAAACAUGGAUUUCCUAAUUAUGUUCAUCAAUCAAUUUAUAAAACUCGUAUUGCUCAACCGAAAUAUGUUUCAAAAUCGAUACGAUGCGAUGAAAAUUUUGGUAUGCCUUGUCCUGGGUUAAAAAGUAGUUAUGAUGAAUCUGGGUUGGAUAAGAAGAUGAUUAUGAUACGAUUAUUACCGAGAAAAGAGACGUAUUGUUGUUGGGGGAGAAGAAGUAGUUGGGAAGGAAAUAAAAUCGGUGAAAGUAAUUUUUUUUAAUAAAAUAAAACCUGUAAUUUUAUUUACAGAUUUAUUACUAAUCCAAUAUCAAAUAUUUCAUCAUCACCUAUAAUUAUUUAAUACAGAUAAACACCGAGAAAACAACAAAAUCUCACCAAAUCCACAGAGUUGACCUAUUUUAACCAAUUUUAAUACUUUAAGAUUAAGAUAAGAUUACUUGUUUAAUAUUAUCAUAAACUCUACAUUUAAAGUGAUUUAAUUUUGGUAUAAAUUUAAUACGGAUUUUAUGUUU